CAAAAAAACACGUGCGUUAAAAAAUUUUGGGAAUUUCUGCAAUUUAUGUUAUACUUUAACAUUUAAAAGGACAAAUGAUUAAUAAUGGUAAAAUUUGAGCUUAAUAAUGAUAAAGAGCAGUCUAAAAGCCUAAUGAUUCAUGGUGGAGAGCCUACGAGUGCUGCUGAUGAGUAGUUUUUCUACUGUAAAAUUAUCUUAUCUUUGAUACCUCUCAUCUCCUAUCAGAUAUAUUUAAUUUGCAGUAUGGAUCAGUUAAAGAAAAAACUAAAUUCCCCAUUAAAAGCUUUGGAUGAGUCUAAAUUGGACAGUACCCAUGGGUACUCCUUACAUUCAGAAAUAGAUUUAGAUGCUUCUUAUGAAGAAAAGAUUAUCAAGGAUAUCAUUGGUAGUAUGAGGAAAGCGCUUAAGAGCAACAGCUUUAGUAGCAAAAGUAGUCCAAACAAAAAACUAAAUGGCCAUAGUACUUCAUCUGAUUCGGAAGUCAAAGAUAUAAAUAUUAAAAGAAAGAAGAAAAAAAAGAAAGAUGAAGAACUGCAAUUUAAUUCUUCAUUUUGUCAUAGUGACAGCAGCAGUAGUGGUAUCUGGAAAUUAAAAAAGGAAAAGAGAAAACUUGAGUUUAAAGAAAGCUCGGAUGAGAAAAGUCCUCACAAAGCAAAAAAGAAGAAGGCACAUAUUGAACUGAGUGAUAAUAGUAGUAAAUUAGGUGUAUUUUCGCCAACUUUUAUGAAUGAAACAGUGUCCAUUGAAGACAUUAAAGAAGAAUCAACCAAGAGCAUUAAAAGUUAUGCAUGUGAACUUAAUGAGUCUAAAGAGAAUUCAAGUGAGGAGAAAACUUCUCAGAAACUGAAAAAAGAGAAAAAGAGGAAGGCGCAUAUUGCCGAAGUAAUAGAAGAAGAGAGUAAAUUGGGGAUUUUCUCUUCAACUUUUAUGGAUGAAACAAUAUCUGAUUUGAGCAGUAUUGAUUUUAAAGUAGUAUCAUCCCACAGUCUUAAAAGCCUUGCAUGUAGCCUUAAUGGGUCUAAAGAAAGUUCAAAUGAGGAGAAAAGUUCCCAGAAACUAAAAAAGAAGAAGAAGAUGCAUGUAGCUGAGCUGAAUGAAAAAGAAAAUAGUAAAUUAGACAUUUUUACACCCAACACAUUGUCUGAUGACAGCAGUAUAGACAUUAAAGAGGUAUCAAAGAGAAGUCGUAAAAAAUACAAAAAACUGUCACCAAGCGAUAAAAAGCUGGAUUUAUUAUCCCCAGACUUUGAAGUGCCUCCCCUCCAUAAACUCCUUAACCGAGUUUCCAAACCAAAUCCAGAGCAGAGGGCACUUAUCCAAUUAAAUCAAAUAGCAACUAAAUCGGGGAAGUACCUGAAACAUGAAGAUCAGCAAAUUUUGGAGAACUGGCAACACUUUAUACAAGUAAAUGAUUUGCCCAAUGAUGCAACACGUUUUUAUUCACUGGACAAGAGGUUUAUUCAUGCCACUGAUAAGCAGAAGUUUCUUUAUUAUUUGGCACGGAAUAUGCCGGAAAGGACGCCUUAUAGUGUGUAUCAGAGGUUUAAGUGUUUGGUGAUGAAUACCAAGCAAGGAAAAUUUUCCCAAGAAGAAGACGCCUAUAUCCUAAAAAAGCUAACCAAAAAAAACAAAAAAAAGAACUGGGGUGCAGUAAAGAUCGCAAACAAACUAAAUCGAUCGGUAAAGUCGAUACAUAAACGCAUUGAAAUCUUACAAAACCAACACACGCGAAAGAUAAAGUUUAAAGGGCAAAAUGCCGCCACUUUUAUCAAAUAUCUGAUUAAAGUCACGGGGAUUCCUAAGUAUGACGUCGGCCAGUUGAAGGACCGCACUAUCACCGCUGAACAGUGGGCCAAACUAUCCAGGAAACUGGACGGUAUACCAGUGAGGGUUUUACAGAAGGCUUGGCUCUGUAAACUCUAUCCGGCGCUGUUUAUUCCGGACGAUGUGGACGAUAUGGCCGACGUCAAAUUUAAAUUGAUUCAAGUUUUAUCCCAGAGCAACGAGACUGAGUGGAAAAGUAUCAGUUGGGCCAAAUUCGUGCCCCAUUUCGAGGGAUUCACCGGCUUAAGGUUGUACAUUUUGAUGAAUCAGCUGGUGAAAAAAUACGUAGCCCCUCAUAGAAGGCACAGUUUAAAAAAAUGUUUGAAGACUUUAUUAAAAGUUAAAAGGGAAGAAAUGCCAAGCAAACCGAUAGAGAAAAUUUCAUAUGAAAACGGAACAGUGAGCCAACGUGGUGUGAUUUUGGUUAAAGAAGAGGACGAUUAAGUUUUAACGGCAUGUAUUAAAUAAGUGUUAUUUAGUUUCACAUUUUAAGUGCGCAAUGUUCUUUUUUAAAAAUUCUAUUUUGAGGCCAUCGAGAAUUAAAUACAUAUUUUAUACAAAA